GAGCAUUUAGUGUUUACUCAAACGCCAAAUCAGAAAAGUCAAAGCGUCAGCUGCAAUAACAAAGGAAAAGAAAUCCAAUCCGCUGGAGAAAGCAUUGUGGGAAGCACUAAUUAUUGCCGGCUGUAAAUCUACAUUUCCGAUAAGCGAAGCCUAAAAUAUUCCCGGCGCAACGGCAUACCAGAGAGCUAUCGUCAACACCACUCGUGGAGCUUGCUGGCUGCUAGCGCUCAUCCUCCUCGCCCUCUCCCCGGUCCCCUUGGUUCGCUCCUCUGACGUCACCAUGGCUGACGCUGCCAAGCAAGAGUUCGCCCGCCGGCUGGCCAUCUUCUCCAUCAAUGUGUACGGCAAGCUGUCGGCCCUUAAGUCUGGCGAGAACGUCGUCUUCUCGCCGUUCUCCAUUCAGACCUGUGCGGCAAUGGCCCGGGUGGGUGCCGAAGGUGAGACGGCCGCCCAGUUGGACAGCGGCCUCGGCCUCGCCUCGAACGAUGUGGAGCAGAUUGCCCAGGGCUUCCAUCAGGUGCUGGCCGCCUACCAGGACAGCCAGAUUCUGCGCAUCGCCAACAAAAUAUUCAUAAUGGACGGCCACCAGUUGCGGCAGGAGUUCGACCAGCUGCUGACCAAGCAGUUCCUCUCGGCGGCGCAGAGCGUUAACUUCGCCAACAGCGCACAGGCCGCAGCGACGAUCAACGGGUGGGUGGAGCAGCGGACCAACCAUCUCAUCAAGGACUUGGUGCCGCCUAGUGCCCUGAAUGCCGAUUCGCGAUUGGUCUUGGUCAAUGCCAUCCACUUCAAGGGCACUUGGCAGCACCAGUUUCCCAAGCACGGCACCCGGCCGGAUACCUUCUACCUGAAUGGUGAACGUAGCGUCCAAGUGCCCAUGAUGAGUGUGAAGGAGCGAUUCCGUUAUGCCGAUCUUCCCGCUCUGGACGCUGCUGCUCUGGAGCUGCCGUAUAAGGAUUCAGACCUGUCCAUGCUGAUCAUCCUGCCGAACAGCAAAACAGGUCUGCCUGCCCUGGAGGAGAAGCUGCGUUUCACGCCGCUCUCUCAGAUUACGCAGGCGCUGCACAAGACCCAGGUGUUGGUCAAACUGCCCAAGUUCAAGGCCGAGUUCCAAGUAGAGCUGUCGGAAGUAUUCCAGCAGCUGGGCAUGUCGAAGAUGUUCUCCGAUGGCGCCGAGUUCGGCAAGAUGCUGCAGAGUCCCGAGCCGCUGAAGGUGUCAGCCAUCAUCCACAAGGCCUUUAUCGAUGUUAACGAGGAGGGAACCGAGGCUGCUGCUGCCACGGGAAUAGUGGUGCGCCGGAAACGCGCCAUUAUAUCGCUGGAGGAACCUAUAGAGUUCCUCGUCGAUCAUCCAUUCACCUAUGCCCUUGUCCAUCAGGAGGAACUGCCCCUGUUUUGGGGCUCUGUUGUGCGACUAGAGGAGACACCGUUCGACUCCAGCGAGCAUGACGAGCUGUGAUAGUGUCUCAUUUUCAGUCAAUAUAAAUAAAGGCAGCUAUUUAUAUAUAUUUUUCAA